AUGGAGACCUGUAGUAGUAGUUGGUGUUUUUGUUGUUGUGAUGGUGGUGGUCUUGGUAGUAGUAGUUGUUGUGAUAGUAGUAGUUGUGGUGGUAGUAGUUGUUGUGGUGGUAGUAGUUGUUGUGGUGGUAGUAGUUGUGGUGGUAGUAGUUGUUGUGGUGGUAGUAGUUGUUGUGGUGGUUGUGGUUGUAGUUGUAGUUGUAGUUGUAGUUGUUGA